UUGGAAUGUAUAGCAACGUUUCGCUUGGUGUGGACUUUACUUUUGUUCUUUGCCGUCCUCUAGUGGACAACUUGUACAAUUGCAACAACUCAACCCUACCUAUUGCUAAGGCUUGACCUGUCCAGCUGGUCCAACUCAUACCUGGAUAAAACUAUAUCUCUUACCAGACGCUAUUCCUUGCUUUUGUCACUACAUGCAGGGCCAGGGUCAUUCCAGAGAGGAGAGCAGUGGAGCAACUGGACUGAUCAGGGAACUCCAGUGACCAGGAUGUAUGUGAGCAACAACCUUAGCGAUACGACAUGCGUCAGUCCGUCCUUUGUCAUUCCCGACACCAUCUACUCCUGGAGAGUGGAAGCACUGGUGAUGUCCGACGAGCUGGGCUUGGGUUUCUCCGGGUCUGUCACCACCGCCCCACCGAGAGAGUCAUGGAAGAGGUUAUUUUACAUGGAACUCCCAGAAAGUGUCAUCUGAGGAGAGGAGAUUGUGCUUGAGCUACUGUUCCACAACAUCCUGAUGUGGGACUUGGAGGUCAUACUGCUGGUGGAGCAAAACGAGGCCUUUGAGUUUGUUCUCGCCGUGGACGGGGACCUCGCUGUAGUGAAUGCAAAGAAAGUGACGGUGGGGCCCCUGAGCACUGUCAAGGCGUUCUUCCCCAUAAGGCCCUUGGCUCUGGGCGAGAUGGAAAUAUCGGCCGCCAUGUUUUCGGCGGAGGAUUCGCGGAGAUGGGUCCAGACCGUGCUCGUGAAGCCGGAGGGCGUCGCACGCUUCUACUCCCAGACGCUCCUGCUGGAGCUGGCACCCAACACGGACAGCGAUUCAUGGACCACCUCCUUCUCUUUCCCCCCAGAUGUGGUGCCGGGGAGCCAGAGGGUCCAUGUGGUUGGUAUGUCGUCCCCCCCACCCCGUCUUAGUAUUGGAGAAGGGACGGCCCUUGGUUUAGGUGCACGGUAGGAGUUGAAGCUGUUCCUUUGUAUUAUUCAAAAAGGAAAAUCUAAAUAAGGAAAGUUUAUGGGGCUUUGAUUGGGAACAGCAUUCUGGGCGCGUUUGGCCGGGCUCUUGUUAUGACAAGCAGAGAGGCAAGGUUUUCUAUUGUAACACAGCUUGAUGUCAUUUUUAUUUCAUUUUUUUUUUUAACAUCGUGCAAACGCUCUGUAUCAAAAUGUUUUAUGUCCGUGAGUUUCUGUUAUGUCGACUGUGGUUAACUUGAUUCUUCUUUCUGUUCCUUGCUUAAAUUGUUUUAAUGUUGAACAAAUCAACUAACUUUUUCAAUGGCGUUAACUGCGGAAUUGUUCUGUGUGGCUUUGACUCUGACACUGUUUCCAUCCAAAAAGUGCAACAGAUACCAUACCAGUAUUAAAUAAGAUGCAGGGAAAUCUUGUUAAUAUUAAUUGAAUGAUAAGUAAUGCCAAAUGGUCCUUCCAACAUGCUCCAUCCCUCCCAAACGGUUUAAAGUUCUCUACUUUAAACCGUUCAGUUCUCGGCAAAGCUUUCCUUGAACUCCCAAAAUGUCAAAUUUCAUGUAUUUUUGUUCUUGGUCGGUCUGAAAGCGUCCAAACUACCUUCUUGCUGAUUCAAGACUUUUUAGUCUUUAUACAUCUAUUAGCUAACUAUCAUGUUGCAUCCAGAAGGGAUUUUAUGAUUAUUGUUAUUAUUAUUACUUUGAUAUGUAUGGCUUCUACUGUAUCUUCAUACACCGACAUUGGACCGCUCUCCUCCACUC